UUCAAGUCCAGUCAUGAGUGAAAGUGUAACAUCAUCCUCGUCACGCACAGAAUUAUCCAAGGCAUUUGAACGAGCUCGCCUUCGUUUUCCAAAAAAUUUUGGGCUCGAGAAUGUCGAAAGACAUGUUAACAAUAAUUAUGAAAGCAAAGAAUUAUCCGCUUGUCCGGUAACAGCACCAGAAAGCAUCAAUCAUAUUUCAGAAUCAUUAGUUGAUAACUCAACACCAUUACUUGUGGAAGAGCCGUCAAAUUCUAAACUAGAAUCCACGUUAAUUGAUCUAAUGAACAAUGUGGAAAUAUCGUGUAGUCUUUGUAGCUUAUCCAAUAAUUCAAAAAAAUCACUUGAAGAAACAGCACCUAAACCGAAAAUUGUUGAAAGUACUGACAGAGAUGAAGAAUUUUCAGACAUAAUAAUGAAAAAUUACGAUGAGGUGCCUAUUUAUAAAACUGUAAAUUAUUGGAAGGAAGACUCCGAUCGGAACGACGAUCAAGAGUCCGAUAUCGACUCGAGUGCCAGAUUGUCAGAAAAUUCGCGUAAAUUCUACUAUAAAGAGCUGCGACGCCGCGAUUCAGCUGCAUGGAAAAAAAAACAUCGAGGUCACCGGCCGACUUUUAGGAGAGCUUCUCCUCUAAAAUACAACAGUUUUUGUGAAGACGAGAAUAAACUUCAUUCAUCCGAUUGUCCAUACUACAAUCUUUACAGCAGCAGCCAACAAUGUCACAACAGUCGUCAUAAGCACCAUCUGCGACACCAACACUGUUGCUGCCACAGCUACUGUUGCUACGAUUGUUGUCAUUCACGCUGCUGUAACAAAUGUGGUCUGGACGGCGCGUUCCAACGACGAUCAAAACGUAGCAAUCGAUCACGCCUGUGCUCUUCAUGCAAACGACGCGACGAGCACAGAGUUCCAUCCCGCGACUCCGGAGUGUUUAGCAAUUGCGUUCACGACGACGAAAUUAAAGGAUCUUUGAAAGGACUGCGGAGUAAAGAUUCCCUGACACUAAUGCAAAGCAAGUAUCGAUCGACGCAAAAAAAUUGCGCUAAUAGAUACUCUCGUCAUCCAAACGAAGAGACUUCAUUUAUAAUUGACGAGGAUGAUUCCAGACGUUACAUUAAACAUCAUGCUUAUUAUUAA